AUGAUGGUUGUGGCGUGGAUGCCUCGAAACAAAAGUCAGAGCUGCACGGCGGUGGACCCUUCUGGCCGACUCCAAGCCAUCGGCUUGCGAGGCAAGACGAAUCCUCCCACGACGCCCGCCAACGGGGCCCAGUGGGGCGACCAGCCAUGGGCUCACGGAGUUGCCGAAGGAGAUCAGCAUCGUGGCCUCGGGCAAGCUCAUCGCCCAAGGCGGCGCUGUAGAAGGCUUCCGCCUCGGCUCCUGGCCCGCGGGCAGCGUCUGGCUUCGGCGGCGGCAAGAAGCACAGGCAGAAGGGGCCCAGCAAGAGCAAGUUCGCGAGAAGUGGGCGUUCGGAAGAGUCCGCUGGCGUCUGGGCCUUCACUCGUGCUGGCUACGGGUUCAUUGGGGGCGCAGCUUUUUUGGCGUGGACGCCCCGAUGGCACGUCGGCAUCAUGCGUUGGUGCAGCUGGUAUUGUACCAGUCUACAGAGCGCGCUCGAGAUACAUGCGGACGUCGAGGAUAUGGAUUUGUCACAUGGGUGAGAUAAAACGAACUUGGCGAGCUGGAGUUAUUGCUGUUGUGCCUCCUCGCCGCGUGCCUGGCCACCUGGGGCCUCCACGUGGCGGGGUGGUGAGGGCCCCGAAGGACGUGGCCAAGGGCCUCUUCUCUGGCGCACUCGAGAAGCUGGAGGCCAUCAAGGCCGAGCAGGCCGCCCACGUCGCCCGCCUCACCAAGAAGAAGCGGAAGGGUGUAUCAGGUGAAGGUGUGGCUGCGGGCUCGGUGGCAGGCGCUACUCAGGACUCGACCACUGCCAGCCAGGAUCCCAAGGCGAAGGACAGAGACAAGUCGGUCGGCUUCGCGGACUCUGCACCACCCUCUGCUCGGUCGGCGGGUGGUCACGUUUUGGUCCCUCAUAGGGUCGUAGGUGCAAUCGUCAAUAUUCCAGGCGGCGACGCGCUGUACGUCGCCAGUGCGUACCUCCACCACUCCCAGGGGCUCAGCGACCUGAACCUGCGGCUUCUCUCGCACGUGGCCGCUGCUUUGGAGGCGCCGCAGAUGUACUGGGCGCUGGUUUUGGAGCAGGACAGAAAGCCCCCAGUGCGACAGCCCCUGUGCUAUGCAAUCAAGUGGCUGAGUUUGAAGUUCAGAAUGUACGUUUCGUUGCUCGACGCUCCUGGCCCCGACGCGGUCAGGCAGGAUUGGCUCAUCAUCAGCGGUGGUAUAAUGAAGUUUGUGCUGCAGUACAGAGCUCUCACGGCUCCGACGUGUACGGGGCUCUUUGUGCUCAGCUCGAUGUUGCUGUGGCUGCUGCUGAAGCCAUCGCCCAGCAGGAAGCUUUAA